AUGAAGCCUAAGAUCAAGAUUGGAAAGGCCCCUAAGCACCAGACGCGCAAUUCUAUCGAGGACAUAUGGGGACCACGGAUGGGGUACAAACAUGUGUGGCCCACUCGUGUUGAUGAAGCAAAAGACGAAGAGCCGGAUAAGUGGGUCCAAAGUGCUUGUGUGCUCUGCAGCAAUGGCUGUGGUAUGGACAUCGGAGUAAAAGAUGGCAAGGUCGUGGGAGUUCGAGGAAGAGCAACAGAUCGUGUCAAUCACGGACGUCUUGGUCCGAAAGGUCUGCAUGGUUGGAAAACUAUUCACCACGAGGAUCGACUUACACACCCUCUGAUUCGCAAGAAUGGAGUUCUCGAAAAGGCUACCUGGGACGAAGCCAUGAGCUUGAUCGUUGAGAAGUCGAAAGACACUAUCGACCGCCUGACCCAGCACGGUAUCGCUUUCUACACAACGGGCCAGUUCUUCCUAGAGGAGUACUACGCGUUGGCUCUUGUCGGUAAAGCUGGCCUGAACACACUGCACAUGGACGGCAAUACCCGUCUGUGUACUGCGACUGCAGCCGCAUCAAUGCGAGAGAGCUUCGGAUCCGAUGGGCAGCCAGGCUCAUACACUGAUAUCGAUUACACUGACUGCAUUGCGCUCUAUGGCCACAACAUGGCUGCAACCCAGACUGUAUUGUGGACACGCAUCUUGGAUAGGUUGGCAGGGCCGAACCCUCCCAAGAUCGUCGUAGUCGACCCUCGUGUCUCCGACACAGCGAAGCUGGCCACAGUGCACUUGCAACCAAGGAUUGGUACAAACGUGGCUCUUCUCAACGGCAUCCAGUAUCUCAUGUUCGAAAAUGACUGGAUUGACUGGGACUUUGUCAACAAUCAUACCGUCGGAAUCGAGCCCCUCAAGAAGGUGGUGAUGGAGUUUCCGCCGGAUAAGGUCGAGCAGAUUACUGGAGUCCCUGCAUCACAACUGAGGAAAGCAGCUGAGAUCGUUGGUACCAGCAAAACCCUGCUCUCUACAGCUCUGCAGGGCGUCUACCAGUCAAACCAAGCCACCGCCGCUGCCUGUCAGAUCAACAACACCAACAUCCUUCGUGGUAUGCUUGGCAAGCCUGGAUGCGGUAUCUUCCAGAUGAACGGUCAACCGACCGCCCAGAACAACCGUGAAGCAGGUUGCGAUGGUGAAUUCCCUGGUUUCCGAAACCACCUCAAUCCUGUGCAUAUGGAAGAUAUGGCAAGACUCUGGAAUAUCGAUUCUGUCAAGGUCCCACACUGGAACGAACCUACCCAUGUCGAGAACAUCCUCAGUUUUAUCGCCAAAGGUACCAUCCAGAUGCUCUGGAUUUCCGGAACAAACCCACUUGUCAGUCUGCCGAACCUUGCACGAGUACGCGAGCUUCUCACAAAGGAUGAUCUGUUCGUUGUUGCGCAAGAUAUCUUCAUGACUGAGACUGCAGCUAUCGCUGAUGUUGUCCUGCCCGCAGCUCAAUGGGGUGAGAAGACUGGCUGCUUCACGAAUGUGGACCGCACUGUGCAUAUCUCGCACAAAGCAGUUGAUCCUCCAGGUGAGGCGAAGGCCGAUCUCGAAAUCUUCCUUGACUUUGGAAAGCGCAUGGAUUUUAAAGACAAGGAUGGACAGCCUCUCAUGCCAUUCAAGAAUUCGGAAGACGUCUUCGAGGCAUGGAAGAAGAUGUCGAAGGGACGACCCUGCGACUACAGCGGCAUGUCCUACGAUAAGCUGACUGGAGGUUCCGGUAUUCAGUGGCCUUGCAACGAAGAAGCGCCUUCCGGUACUGAGCGUUUGUUUUCGAACAAGAAGUUCUUCACCGAACUCGACUACUGCGAAAGUUUUGGUCAUGAUCUCGAGACCGGUGCAUACUACACUAAGGACGAGUACAAAGCGUUGAACCCUAACGGACGGGCGAUAUUAAAGGCCUGUCAUUACUUCCCUUCACCAGAAGAGCCCAAUGAAGAGUAUCCGCUCAGGCUCUCCACUGGACGUAGGGUUCACCACUUCCACACCCGAACCAAGACUGGCCGUACACCUUUGCAGAAAGCCUGUCCCGAGCCGGAGAUUGUCAUAAAUGAAGAGGACGCCCGUCACCUCGGCCUCAAAGACCGCGAAGAAGUUCUCGUCGAGUCAAUCCGCGGUAAAGUCCAACUUCCCGUCAGCAUCGGCGGUGUCGAAAAGGGCAACACAUUCAUCCCCUUCCACUUCGGCUACUUCGACACCGAGACUGGCGGCAAAGCCCGCGCAGCCAACGAGCUAACAACAGCAAAAUGGGACCCAAUAUCCAAACAACCCAUGUUCAAAGGCGGCGCAAUCCGCAUCACCAAGCUCCCCUCGACGGACGGCGAAGUAAAAAUCCACGCGCGUGAACAGCAAUCCGCCGCCAUCGAAACCGCCUCCAAGAAAAACACCAAAGCGCAAGGCACCAAAACGACGCGCGAGCGGGGUCUCGAAGCCUGGUUGGGUGAACUUGAUUGCGCUAUCGACCGCCUCAUUGAUCUGUACAAAAACCUGCUUCCCAAGACCGACCGCGACCCCGAUGCGCAAAACGGGUUGAGAAUUAUGGUCCGCAUUGCUACAAGAGUCAGGAAGCGCAUCAAGCCCAUGGCGUCGAAGUACCACGAGAACAAGAACAGAGGGCAAAAGCGCGCAGACGCUUUAGCCGACUUGUUGUUCCAGCACGACGACAGCGUCGAUGGGACGUACGAGAUGCUGGAGACGAUGCAAGGCUUGCAUAUGUAUCUCGCGUAUAUCAGGGGGAGUUUGAGGGGCAUGUAUCCUGCCAGCCAGGCGCUGUGGGAUAAGGAGUGUAUUGGGGCGGUUACGGAGGCGACGGAGGAUGUGACCAAGAUGGAGGAGUGGUGCUUGCAGCAGAUGCAGUUUAGGAGUCCGCAGACGUUGCUUGUGCCGUUGCCGUUGAAGGAGGGGGGGAAGAGGUGA